AAGUGUCCCACUCAACCUGAUUGCUUCCAGUUUGCCGAAGAUGGUGACAGAUGAUGUAUAAAGAUAAACAAUUUGAUAAUAAAUCAAUAAAUUGGCUUAAUUUCACCAUAGAUGUCUUCACAACAACCUAUUUUUAAUAAAUACAUACGAUUUUAAUACAUUCUAACUGAUUUAGGCUGUUUAAAAGGCAAUUUACCAAAAAGUUUACUUCACCCUAUUGGACAAAAUACCUUAAAAUGACUGAAACUAACUAGUUUUUAUGUUUUUUCAGUUCCACUCCUGGCCGCAGGCGUCGCUCUGCAGUUACACCGACAGACGCUGCUCGGCGGUGGCGCUGCGGCGUUUCCGGCCCCGCGCGGGCUAACUUCCGGUUUAGCCCUCCAGCUAACGCGAAUGGCGGAAAGACGGUGAGCGCGCGGCUGCUCGCGGAUCACAGCGCGCGGGCGACACGAGGCGUUUCGUCAGCUGGGACAGAAGAAGCGGCCUGCCGGGAAACCAAGGAGCCGCAGACCUUGGACCCGGAUCUCAGCCUGAAGAGCAGUCCCGGAGGAGACCGGAAUGGACCGGCGGAACCGGGAGCCCCGGAGCGGGGUCCCCGGGAGCCCAGCGGCAGGCUCGAGCUCCGACAGCCCCGGUGUUCAGGAACGGAGAGGAAGACAUGGACUCAAAUGUCACCGCUGCCAGCACUGUGACAAAUCCUUCACAAGAUCUGGAUAUUUAAAGAUUCAUCAGAGAGUUCACACUGGAGAGAAACUGUACAGCUGUGACCAGUGUGGGAAAACCUUCACUCAGUCAGGAAACCUAGAAGUUCACCGACGCGUUCACACUGGAGAGAAACCAUACAGCUGUGACCAGUGUGGGAAAACUUUCACUCAGUCCGGUAACCUAGAAGUCCACCGACGCGUUCACACUGGAGAGAAACCGUACAGCUGUGACCAGUGUGGGAAAACUUUCACUGCAUCAGGUCACCUAAAAAUGCACCAACGUAUUCACACUGGAGAGAAACCGUACAGCUGUGACCAAUGUGGGAAAGCGUUCAAUAAAUCAGUUAACCUUAAAGUCCACCAACGUAUUCACACUGGAGAGAAACCGUACAGCUGUGACCAGUGUGGGAAAGCGUUCAAUAAAUCAGUUAACCUUAAAGUCCACAAACAUAUUCACACUGGAGAGAAACCGUACAGCUGUGACCAGUGUGGGAAAACUUUCAAUAAACCAGGUGACCUUAAAAUCCACAGACGUAUUCACACUGGAGAGAAACUGUACUGGUGUGACUGGUGUGGGAAAACUUUCAAUAAAUCUCUUGGCCUUAAAGUCCACCAACGUAUUCACACUGGAGAGAAAACGUACUGGUGUGACUGGUGUGGGAAAACUUUCACUAGAUCAGAUGUACUAAAAGCCCACCAACGUGUUCACACUGGAGAGAAACCGUACUGCUGUGACCAAUGUGGGAAAACUUUCACUACAUCAGGUAACCUAAAAGUCCACCAACGUGUUCACACUGGAGAGAAACCGUACAGCUGUGACCAGUGUGGGAAAACUUUCACUACAUCAGAUGUACUAAAAGCCCACCAACGUGUUCACACUGGAGAGAAACCGUACUGCUGUGACCAAUGUGGGAAAACUUUCACUACAUCAGGUAACCUAAAAGUCCACCAACGUGUUCACACUGGAGAGAAACCGUACAGCUGUGACCAGUGUGGGAAAACUUUCACUACAUCAAAUGACCUAAAAAUCCACAGACGUGUUCACACUGGAGAGAAACCGUACUGGUGUGAUCGGUGUGGGAAAACUUUCACUAGAUCAGAUGUGCUAAAAGUCCACAAACGUAUUCACACUGGAGAGAAACCGUACAGCUGUGACCGGUGUGGGAAAACUUUCACCUCAUCAUCUAAACUAAAAAUCCAUCAACGUGUUCACACUGGAGAGAAACCGUACUGGUGUGAACAAUGUGGGAAAAUCUUUGCUCAGAGUAGUCACCUUAAAGUCCACCAACACAGUCACGCUGCUUUGUUGUGAACAUUCUUCAGAGCAAAGCUAGCUGUUUCCUCCUCCCCCUACCCUGAUAGCUGUGUUGUUAUAUUGUGAGCUUCUCUACAAACUGACGGAUACACAACAGUAACUUCAUAUUUUCAGCAGCAUGUAUAGUAAUGUGGCUGCAACUACAUUUACAUUAAUUCAUUUAGCUGACGCUUUUAUCCUAAGUGACUUACAGCUGCUAUUUAUGUCAGAGGUCGCACACCUCUGGAGCAACGAGGGGUUAAGUGUCUUGCUCAGGACACCAAAGGCAUGUGUCUUAUCCAUUGCGCCAUCACCACCCCACAACAUACUGUCCUGUCCUUCCUCCUCCCAAUCCUGCUGUCGUCACACACUUAUUAUUAUUUGCUAUCUUGUUAUAGUUGAACACGUCCUUACUGGAAUUAACUUAAAAUAUCUGUAUUUCUGUGUUCACUGUUUAUAUUUGCUGUUAGUGAACGUGGUCUUGUUCAGACAGAAAGCAAAGCCAAAUCUAAUUGAUACAGAUCCACUCGUGUUGGCGCCAGCUGAGGGGAAGAUAUUUAUUCUUAAAUAAAAGGUUCUCUUUGAUUCUUCAAGACCACCAUGUUUCCAAUCUGGAGACGCAGGCACCUGUUGCAGUUCCAUAAUGGCAGAGGUGCACACGGAUAAGAAAUAUUGGGCCAUAAACCCCAGUAAAACUAGUCUUAGCUGGCUCAUCCCACGAGGUCAGUUUUGGUCUUCCAGGUUUCUUUUUGUUAGAAAGAAUCCAUUUCAAGACAAAGUUUAACUGAAUCUAAACGUGCUCCCUCUGGACCUGCAGACUGAGCCCUGAAGAUUUACCAUCAUCACUUCAGCUCUGUGAGAGCGCCGGGGUUAAACUAAAUAAAGUUAUAGCUUUUUUAUGUGAACUUUGCACAUUUUUACAUUUAAGUAAACAGUGUUGCACUGUAAUCUAAAAAGUAAGGAGGUGGCUCUGGGCCAACUAAACAUUACAGUAAUCGGGUGGGAGAAAAACGUGCAAGAUUCUGAUUCAGUAAAGUGAGUGCAUUACCGCCCCCGCUGCUCCGAUUCUCCGGCCAAUCUCCCCUCACUCGUGAACAAGACCCCGAGGUACUUGAACUCCUUCACUUGGGGUAUGGACUCAUUCCCUACCUGGAGGUGGCACUCCACCGGUUUCCUGCUGAGCACCAUGGCCGCAGAUUUAGAGGUGCUAAUCCUCAUCCGCAAAAAGCAGUGACGAGAUCCCAAGCCCACCGAACCGCAGCCCCUCCUCGCCACGACUACACCUUGAUAUCCUGUCCAUGAAUAUCACAAACAGGAUUGGUGACAAAGUGCAGCCCUGGCGAGGGCCAACCCUCACCUGGAAAGAGUCCGACUUACUGCAGAGUACUCGGUCACAGCUCUCGCUUUGGAUGU